UUUUUUAAUAUUUUUUUUUAUUGUUAAACAAUUAAGGAGAUGAAUAUCGAGAUUAGUACAAGUUUGAACAAUUUUUACUAUAAAAGCAAUCUUAUUGAGAUUCAAAUGAAUUAGAAGUGAUUGAUCCGGUUUUAAAUUAAAAUUUAAAACGUUGAUUUCUCAUUAACCAUUAAUGGGAGUGGCGUUCACCUGCUUUACCUGAGGCUUCAAGUAUAUAAGGAACAUUCUACCAUCGCUCCGCUUAGUUCCUUUCUUCUGGAAUCAUUCUGUAAAACAGUACUUUGCUCUCUGCCGUGAAAAUAUCAACCAUGAAAUUUCACACGAUUGUCUCGAUCGUUCUCGUCGUAAUAACGAUCGCAUCGGCAUACCCACAAAAGGAUGGUCAAGUCUUCAGUAAUGAAGCAAUUAGACAAGCUCAAAAUACCUAUCUCAUUCCUAAAGAUGCGACGAUACAAAAAGUUCAAGAAGGAAUAGAAUUAGCUGCAUAUGAAUCAAUUCCUGGAGAUCAAAGGAUAAAUCUUUUUGAAAUACUUGGAGAACACGUACCACCAGAAGUUGUUAACAAUCUGCAAACUCAAAUUGAUCAAAUAGGACGAAAUUAGAAUAUUUAUUGGUACAACAUAUUAAAUGUGUUGUUGUGUCGAUUUUUCCUUAUCUGACUGUACAAAAUUACUUCUAAUAAGUAUUUUAAUAUGUACUUAUAUAAAAGUAUUUAUAAAUAAGCUGAUAAAUUACUCUCUCUCUCUC